UUUUCAGUAAUUGACCAUUUUCUAUCACCAGAGUCUGAAAUGGUUGAUCGUAACGUAUCGUCAUUUGUCAGUAUACUACAAAAUCCUAAAACCAAAAGAUUGAAAAUCAGUUUUUGUUAUUCUUUUUUCUGGAUUUUGGAUACGUUAAUGGCAUUGAUGCUGAGAGCAACGACGGCAAUCACUUUCCCUUUGAAACUCUGUCCGUCUUGUACAAAAAUCCCUCUCAAUCACAAGAAAUCCAUGGCCUCCUUCGCCACAGAAGCGAACUUGCAGACUACCACUACAGAUAGGAAGCUUCCGAUACUCCUUUUUGACAUAAUGGACACCAUUGUUCGCGAUCCUUUUUAUCACGACGUCGCUCCGUUCUUUGGAAUGUCUUUCGAGGAACUGCUAGAAAGCAAGCACCCAACUGCAUGGACUGAGUUUGAAGAGGGGAUAAUUGAUGAGAUGGAGCUGUACAAAAAAUUCUUCAAAGAUGGAAGACCUUUUGAUUUGCAAGGGCUAAAAAAUUGUAUGAGGAGAGGAUACUCCUACAUAGAUGGUGUUGAACAGUUGCUUUAUGAUUUAAAACAAAAAAACUAUGAGAUGCAUGCUUUUACAAAUUAUCCCAUCUGGUACUACGAAAUGGAAUUUUUCUACCAUUGCUUUUGUGGUGAAAUGGCUCAUUAUCCUCAUCACAUUGUGAUUUAUAGGUACAAAAUGAUUGAGGAGGAGCUGAAUAUCUCAACAUACCUAUCUUGGACAUUUUGUUCGUGUAUAUCCGGAAAAAGGAAACCUGAUCUUGAUUCCUAUCUGGUAGUGCUAAGACAUCUUAAUGUUGAUCCAAUAAGCUGUAUUUUUGUUGAUGACAGGUUGAGAAACGUAGAGGGUGCAACUGAAGUUGGCAUCAUUGGCCUGCAUUUCAAAAAUGCAGAGACGCUGCGAAGAGAUCUCUCUCGAGUAGGGAUUGACAUAUCAACAGAUGAACAUAAUAAAAGGAAUGAUUAACCAAAGCUUUUAUACAAUAUAACUUUGAUUCAAAUUUAGCAACUCUUGUUAACUUUGAUUCAAAUUUGGAUAUGAAAUAAUAAUUCCCUAAUCUCAAGGCUUAAUUUGAA